UUUACAUCCCACCACACCAACUACCUAAGAACUGGUAUACCACCACAAUGACCUCCCAACCUAACACAAUAACAAUCCCCAUCAUCGGCGCCUCCAUCGCCGGCCUCACCAUCGCCCACUCCCUCCUCUCGCACUUCUCCACAACCAACCAUACUACCAACUCAACUACAAAAAUAAAAAUCCUCCUCAUCAACCCCCACCCAUCCUUCUACUGGGCCAUCGCGGCCCCGCGCAUCCUCACCAAACCAACUGCUUUCACAGAGUCACAAUACCUCAUCCCGAUCGCCGAUGGAUUCGCCAAGUAUUCUCCGGAUGUAUUCGAAUUCAUCCUAGGACGAGCGACAUCGCUCGAUUUCGAGAAAAAGUUACUAAAUGUUGAGGAAGUCACCGACACUGAGAGUAAUAAGACUCUGAGACAAGAAAUCAAAUAUGAUUAUUUGGUUAUCGCGUCGGGGAGUACACCAUCGGCUUCUUCUACGGAAACAUUAUUCCCCGGUGAGGAUAAUAAAGAUGGUGAAAAUGGGGAGAUAUAUCCCUUCAAACUAUCCCCCACUUCUACCACUACCAUCACGGAGGCGAUUAAAUCUGCCCAAACCACCAUCUCCACCGCGAAAAAAAUCACCGUCAUCGGGGCAGGUCCCAUCGGGGUAGAAAUAGCAGGUGAAUUGGGUGAUCUCAUCUCCUCCUCUCCCUCCGAAGAAGGAGAAGAAAAGAAAGUAAUAACCCUCAUCUCAUCCACCCCACGCAUUCUCCCCACAUUGAAACCCUCCGCCAGCGAAACAGCCACAUCCCUCCUUAGUAAAAAAGGCGUGCGAGUCCUCACAGAUCGGAAAGUCAUUUCUGUCUCUCCUAAGGAAGAGGGCGGGUAUGAAAUCAAACUCAACAACGGGGACACUCUGGAGACGGAUAUCUACAUCCCGACUAUCGGAGUCCUGCCUAAUAGUUCUUAUAUACCCCGGGAAGUACUCGAUGAGCGUGGUUGGGUGAGGGUUGAUGAGGAGUUGAAGGUGUCCGGCGUGGAGGGGGUGUAUGCGGCGGGGGAUAUUACCACUCAUACGCAAAAGUUGUCGUUUAAGGCGGAUGAGAUGGCUGGGGUGGUGGUGGGGAAUUUGGUGGAUGAUAUUAAUCAUGCUACUGGUGCUGGGAAUGGGAAUGGGAGUAGGAAGAAGGGAUGGCGGAGGGGAUGUGGUGGUGGUGGUGGGAGGAAGACGUAUGAUGAAGGGACCGAUGUGAUGAUGGUGGUUCCUGUGGGAACUUCUGGCGGUACAGGGCAGGCGUUUGGGUGGGUGUUGGUUAGUUUUAUGGUGUGGUUGGCCAAGGGGAGGGAUUAUUUUAUUUGGAAGGCUAAGGGGUAUGUGUUCAAAUAGACUGCCUUUACUGUGUACUAGCCAUCAUGUUAUUGUACUGUACUUAAUUCGGGAUGCUCAUAA